UUUUUCUCAAACUAGUAUCAAGUAUCAACUGAGAUGACCUUCUUUCAAGAUUUUUUUUUAAAUUUAUUCAGUGUUCGGUAAAUUCUCCCAUUAUUUACACCCUCAGUCUCCGGAGACUAGAGUUACGGAGUAAUUGUUACGGGCACUUAGAAAUAGCUCCAUUUUUCCCGCCAACUGAAGAAACAUGGCCUUCUCUGCACUGCUCGGAGCUUUCUUGAUUCUCAUCCCUCUCCUCCACGACACGAAAUCGUCGUCAGCUCAUCAGGACAGUACCGGCGGCGGCGGAGGCGCACCGGCUCCUUCUCUCUUCUCCUCUCCGCCCUUGGUUCCGGCGCUGUUCGUCAUCGGCGACUCCUCCGUCGAUUGCGGGACCAACAAUUUCCUCGGAACCUUUGCUCGGGCAGAUAGGCCUCCUUACGGGCGAGAUUUCGACACCCACCAGCCCACUGGCCGUUUCAGCAACGGAAGAAUCCCUGUCGAUUAUCUGGCAUUGCGUCUGGGGUUGCCAUUUGUUCCGAGUUAUCUUAGCGUGAGCGGUUCUGUGGAAGCCAUGAUUAGGGGCGUGAAUUAUGCUUCUGCCGGAGCUGGGAUCAUUUUCUCCAGUGGAUCUGAACUGGGUCAGCAUAUUUCACUCACACAGCAGAUUCAGCAGGUGACUGAUACCUUUCAGAAGUUGUCACUGAGCAUGGGUGAAGAAGCUGCUGCUGAUCUCAUCUCAGAAUCUGUAUUCUACAUUUCCAUGGGCACCAAUGACUACAUACACUACUAUCUCCGCAAUGUCUCCAACGUUCAAUCUCUCUACCUUCCAUGGAGAUUCAACCGGUUCUUGGCAAAAGCCAUGAAGCGGGAGAUUAAGGUAAUACAAUCCGGGGGUUUUUUGAAGGAGUUUUUCUACACUUUAUACAAAAAAAAAGUUUGGGUUUCUAAUUUGGCACAAUAAUAUGUUGAUGAACAGAAUCUGUACAAUGCUAAUGUAAGGAAAGUGGUUGUGAUGGGAUUGGCACCAAUGGGUUGUGCACCAUAUUACCUCUGGAUGUACCCUGCAACAAAUGGGAAGUGUGUUG